AAUCAUACUCACUCACUCGGUCACCGACUCUUUUUAUAGUUUAAAAGGGAGACACAACAUACAACCCCAAGAAAAAACUAGGGGGAGAUAGACAGACAGAUUUUUUUUUCAGUACAACCAAAUCAAAUCAGAUUCUCUAACAGCUUUUGCUGCAGAUGACGGAAACUAUGGUGAUAGAAAAAGAAGAUCAGCUGCUCGUAGUAAUUCCCUGCGAAUUUAUUCAUCACAGUGUGCCGUCAGAAGAUGGAUGGAGCCACAGCCGUCCCUGCGGCGACCACCACUCCUCGACGGAAAACAUGACGGAAACGGACUUCGAAGCCGCUCAGCAGCUCCUGCAAUUGAGCAGCCAAAGCUUCGAGUCUACGGAAGAUGACGGAGAAGACGCCAGUAGUUGUGUGGCGAACAGGAGGACAUUUCUGUCUACAAACGAUAGGGCCGUGCCUAGAAAAUCUCGGUCAAGUGCCGUUACUGCGGCUUCCAGGAGGCGUCAAUUGACGGCAAAAGAUACGGCUGACGGCGUUAACGGAGGAACACGGCGCCGUUACAAGGCGAUUUCUUAUAUUUAUGACAUAACGCGUCCGACUGGUGCGGGAAGAAAUAGACGGUCCGUCAAGAGACGGAAACUUAUUGCUUUCUUUUGAUCUAGGAUUUUGAAGACUUCAAAAAUGUAUAUUUCAAAUGCUGUGACUUCUGCCCGUUAGGGACCGAGUUUCCAUGUAAUUAUUUCUUCCGUUGGCCAAAAGGAGCGUCUGCUUCCUACGUAUUUUAACGCUUAUUCUCUGUCAGGAAAUGUGUAUUCUCUGUCAGAAAUCGGAAAUUUUCCUCGUUACUGUGAUGUAUAUAAUAUAAUUGUUGGGAACUUUUGUUGA